AUGUAUUCAUCAAUUCUCAAAAACUUAUUCUCAGAAUUCCACCGUUGGUGUCGCCGGCGAAAAUGGCAUCCAAGUUAAGCUUCACAGUAACAUCUUCACGGUUCUUUACUGCCCCCAUUCGAAGACCUUCUGUUGCUGCUGUUGGUGGGUUAUCUUUUUCGGGUUCUUAUCGGUUUUUGACUUCCAACGUUCAGUCCAUCGGAAAACAGUUUGCGGGUCGCCGGAGAUUUAUUAUAAUCUCUCCAAAAGCUACUACUGAUCAACCUGGUCCUGUUAAAAAUGAUGAAGUUGUUGAUAGCAACAUAAUGCCUUAUUGCAGCCUAGAAAAACAAAAGAAAACAAUAGGAGAAAUGGAGCAAGACUUUCUCCAAGCUCUACAGGCUUUCUAUUAUGAAGGAAAAGCUAUCAUGUCCAAUGAGGAAUUUGAUAAUCUCAAGGAAGAACUGAUGUGGGAAGGAAGCAGUGUUGUAAUGUUAAGCACUGACGAACAGAAGUUCUUAGAGGCUUCAAUAGCUUAUGUAUCUGGUAACCCAAUAAUGAGUGAUAAAGAGUAUGACAAACUGAAGAUGCAAUUGAAGAAAGAUGGAAGUGAUAUAGUGGCUGAGGGUCCAAGAUGCAGUCUUCGUAGUAGAAAGGUUUACAGUGAUCUGACUGUUGACUAUCUUAAAAUGUUCCUCAUAAAUGUCCCGGCUGCCGUUGUUGCAUUAGGAUUGUUCUUCUUCCUAGAUGACAUUACUGGAUUUGAAAUUACAUACCUUUUGGAGCUUCCAGAGCCAUUUAGUUUCAUCUUCACUUGGUUUGCCGCUCUGCCCUUCAUAUUAUGGCUAUCCUUUACAAUUACAAACGCCAUUGUGAAAGAUUUUUUGAUAUUGAAGGGACUUUGCCCAAACUGCGGUACAGAGAAUACUUCAUUUUUUGGUACCAUAUUGUCAAUUUCCAGUGGGGGUAACACCAACAAUGUGAAAUGCACAAACUGUCAAACCACACUAGUGUUUGAUCAAGAUACUCGAUUGAUAACAUUGCCUGAAGGAAGUAAUGCUUAAGCAAGGGGAGGCUUCAUCGUCAAAUAUGGACCAUGAUUGGAGUUAUGUUUAAAGGCAGAUGCUACUGUAAAUGUAGUAAUGUACCUAGUUAUUUUCAACUCUAAUAGCGGAUGAAGGUGUUUGUUUAGGCAGUGUCGCAUAAGUGUGCGUUCACAUUCAAUCAUAGUCGAUGUAUCUUCAUGUGUAUAACAUGAAACCAUGAUUAUGUGUAUGUUCAUAUGUAUAUUUUUACA